AUGGGCCGGGGACAUCAAUGGUUCAAGCUACGCAACAUGGAGAAACGCAAGGAAAUCAUUUCCAACGAAGACCUCUCUGACGAUCAGAAUGCACCGGCAGCCUUGCCGCCUCCUCCAGCAAUCCCCACGGUCGUACCCGGCACGACUGCAGCCACAGGAGACGAAGCACCCAUUGCGCAACAGGACGAAGAAGAACCCGAAUAUCUAGGCCCCAAAGCACUCUACAUACUGAUCUCGUCGCUGAUGCUCGUGGUUAUCAUCCUUACACUGGACCAGUCAAUCCUCGCCACGGCCGUUCCAUAUGUCACUAACGAAUUCCACACGAUCGCUGAUAUAGGCUGGUAUGCUUCUGCGUAUCUGCUGAGUACAGCCGCGUUGCAGCCCUUGAGCGGCAAGGUGUACACAUAUUUCCCGCUCAAGAUAUCUUUCCUCGCGUUCUUAGUCGGGUUCGAGGUCGGCUCAUUGAUCUGCGCUCUGGCCAAUUCUUCCGCCAUGCUCGUGGUCGGCCGGGCGGUUGCUGGUAUAGGUGGUUCGGGAAUCAUCAAUGGCUCACUUACAAUCAUUGCUGUUGCUGCCCAUCCCUCUAAGCGUCCUGCCAUCCUGGCAACAGUUAUGGCCAUGGCUGGCGCGGGCCAGUUGUUGGGUCCUCUCAUUGGUGGUGCAUUGACACAGCACGUCUCAUGGCGAUGGUGUUUCUGGAUCAAUCUUCCCAUUGGUGGCGUGACGGUCGUGGUGAUGGCCUUGAUUCAGUUCCCCGCCUACAAGGCGCGAAAAGCCACUUGGACAAUUCGCGAUUUCGUCAGAGAUUUCGAUCUCAUCGGUUUCAGUAUCUUUGCACCUGCCUCUAUCAUGAUCUUAUUGGCACUUCAGUGGGGUGGAUCGGAAUAUGCAUGGUCAUCGGCCAUGGUGAUCGGACUGAUCUGUGGUUCGGUUGGUGCUUUUUGCGUUUUCGCGGCAUGGGAAUACCGCCAUGGUGAACACGCGAUGAUACCCUAUUCACUUGUGCGUCAGAGAGUGGUGUAUAGCUCCUUGGUGACCACGGUAUGCCAGUUUGGAGGAAUAAUGCUUCAGGCGUAUUACUUGCCUCUCUGGUUUCAGACUGUGAAGGGCAACUCCCCAACCAUGAGCGCCGUACACACCUUGCCGAGCUUCUUGACGCAGAUGCUUUUUGCUAUCACAUCUGGCGCCAUCACUCCACGGAUUGGCUACCUCCUUCCCUUUGGACUGUUCGGAAACACCUUUGCGUCCAUAGGCGCGGGAUUGAUGACUACUCUGCGACCUGAUACUGAAGUUGGCAAAUGGAUCGGAUACCAGAUCGUCGGGGGAGUUGGCCGUGGCGUGUCAACUCAACAGCCGCUCAUGGCAGUGCAGAGUGUGGUGAAGGCAGACAUGAUCCCGAUAGCAACGGCGACGCUCAUGUGGGCUCAGAUGUUCGGUGGAGCCAUCUUCUUAGGGAUCGGUCAAACAGCCUUUAUCAACCUUCUCCGAAGCGCACUGCAAUCAUAUGCUCCAGGCCUCAACCCCGAGGAUGUGAUUGCUGCUGGGGCGACUGAUUUCAUUCAAAAACUCGAAGCUGAAGGCGAUAUCGUCACGGGCCAACAAGUCGUGCGAGCAUACAACAAUGCAAUCGUCAAAAUUUUCUACAUUGGGAUGGGAUUGGCGAUCUUCGCGUUCUUCACUAGCUUCGGGCUUGGAAAGACAAAAGUCGUCCAGAAAAAGCCAACGAACAAGAAGGUUGAUGAAGAGAAGGGAGCAACAGUGGUGCCUAGAGGAAGCGAAGACAGCGAGGGGAAGAACUCUACAAUCGUCCCUUCUACUCAUUCUGCAGAGGGAGAACGGAGCGUGGCUCUACCAAUUGUACAAUCCAAGUAG